AUGUGGUGCGAUAAUUGUUUUCUUCUAUUUCCAUUAAGAGCUGGAGCUAUUAGUUUGGGUGUAAUAAUGACGAUGUACCAAAUUGUCGGUGGUGCGCUUUUAUUUACAUAUGGAGACUUUUUCUUUUUCCACUUGAAUGAAUCAUCAAUCUAUGGUGGUUACGCUUUUGCACAAGCGGCAAUGUCUAUCAUUGCUGUAAUUGCAUUUUCAAUGCGAUCUGAAACGUUUGCGAAUUUCAACCUACGAGUGUACCCCAUAAUAAUAAUUUUGGGUCUAACUCGAGGAAUAAUAAUGGCUUGGUCAUUGGAUCAUUAUAAAGAUAGAAUUACAUGGGAAUGUGAUCAUGGUGUGACAGAUGAUAGAAUAUUACCAGUUAAAUUUUGUGAUAAUGACUUAAAAACGCUCAUUGCUUUAUUCUCUAUGUUCCUUAUCGUAGAUUUUGGUUUAAUGUGUUAUUUUUAUUUUAUGAUAUGGAGAUUCGUUGUAAAAUUACAGCAUUAUCCAUUCCAAGGAAAAUUUUCUUUUUCAUAA